CCACACCAUCACCCUUGCACAGGACAGCCCAUAUGGAGUGCGUGUUGGUCACUACAACCCUGGCUUUCCCACUGGAGGUAGUCAGCAGGGAGGCUACUUCCAGGUCAUCAACAUGCUGUCAGAACUUGAUGAACCAGGGGAGUACUAUAUAGACAGAACCAACAAAAAACUGUACCUGUGGCCCAACACACCUCUACAAACACUGACAUCAUCAGAUAUUGUGUAUGUCUCAAUUCUGUCCAGGUGCAUAAGAAUAGAAAGUGUUGCUCAGAAGCUGAACUUUGAAGACUUUACUGUGGAGAAUUGCCGUCAACAUGGAGUGAGCAUUGCAAAUGGUCAUGACAUAACCUUCAAGAAUAUGGAGAUUAAAAACACAGGUUCAUAUGCCAUUAACUGUGAAGGAGAUUGCCGUCGAGUCUCUGUGCUGGCUUCAGAGAUCCAUGAUACCUGUGGUGGAGUCCUCAUAAAAGGUGGAGAUCCUAAAACAUUGACCUCCUCAGAGGUCUUGUUGCAAGACAACCAUGUGUGGGACUUCAGUCGUAUAGGGGCUGUACCCUGUAAAGCGUUUGAGAUAGGUGGCGUUCAUGUAACAGUGAGCCAUAACUACAUUCACCAUGGGCAGUACACAGGGAUCUGGUGGACUGGUAAUGAUCAUGUUAUUGAGUACAACCAUGUUCAUCAUAUGUGCUGGAAUUCCAGUGACUGUGGAGCCAUCCACAGUGGUCGUGAUUGGACUUGGCGUGGAAACAUAAUUCGUAAAAACCACAUUCACCACACCCUUCGUUACUUCCCUGGAGCUGAUGUCCGAGGCAUCAUGUUGGACGAUGAAUACUCCAGUGUUCUGAUUGAAGGCAACGUCUUUUAUGAUAAUGAAGUACAUGCAAACAUUGGAGGCGGCCGUGAUAACAUCAUACGACAAAAUGUUAUGUACAAUGCCGCUAAAUACUCUAUUCAGGUGGAUGGAAGGGGACUUGGAUCAAGUGGUCAUGGAGUCUACUUGACCCAGAAACUGCAGCACAGCCUGUUCAACACAACGCUGUGGAAGACUAGAUACCCAGAACUGGCUGCUAUUCUCCAGAAACAUCCCACUGCUCCUGAAGGUAACCAAAUCUACGACAACAUUUUCUACAACCGACCCGGCAUUCAAAGGAUACAUUACGUUGGAAGCAACCUUGAGAGAAAAGAUUACUAUGAUGUUCACAAUAACUUCAGGGCAUACAGCCCUGGCGACUUCUGGUCUCCCAAAGAUGCUGACUUCCGACUGCGUUGUAAUGCUGUUCAGUGGGCUGAUGAAGAACAGUUUCCCAGUCCAGUGUCAGUGGAGGAUGUGGGUCCUCAGGUUCCCACUGGUCCUAACUAUCUCAGGGCUCACAGACAUCCAGCCAGUGCCAGAACCACCGCAGUUCCUGUUGCCUGUGACUCUAGCACUGUAGCCCCAGCAACCACUGCCCCCCGUGGUUCCUACAUGCCUGAUGGUUCCAGUCCAAACACCUUGUAUCCUAAUAUUCCUAAAGAAGGCUGCUGGUUUGUUGUGGACCACUGUCCCAAAGCCACGGCUGCAGAAGGAACACACAAGGACGACAUUGGGACUCAAGCAGGCACAGAGGAGGGUUGUCUGGCACGCGCCGCCCAACAGUGGCGCUACUGUGGAUCCAGUGCAACUGGUCAGGUGGUCGCUGUCUACGGACCUACAGGUGCGAUGACAGUAGCUGGAGAUGGCUGUUUUAUCGCCGAGUAUGGAUGUCAGACACAAAACCCAGGCUUCCACCGGGACACGUGGGCUGAACAACACCAGAACGCUUCCCACAACGAGGCGGCCUGCUUGGCACGUGCAGCCGCUCAGUGGGCCUCCUGCAGCUCGCACGCUGAUCGCCCUAUCACCAGCAUCUACAGGCCCACAGGUCACUUCAGAACAGCAGGCGCAGGCUGUUGGAUCAAGAUCCCAUCUUGUCCAGCUGACCACACUCUUCAGGGAUACUUUUAUGAUGCCUGGGGGGCCACUAACCUUGCAACAGAUCGCGAUCGUGAUGAAUGUCUUGAUCGGGCAGACCGAUUUUGGAUGCAUUGUGGUUCCCAUGACAACGCACCAGUCACAGCGUUUUACCGGCCGUCUGGUGCCAGCCGCACUGUGCCGUGAUGGGCACGUCACUCAAGCGAGACGCCAACAGUUGGAAACGUCACUUUGUUGUUUAAAAACAAACACCUGGUUGUGUUCUGUAAAUUAAAAAUUGGGGCUAUUCGUCCUGCUGGUUGCUUGUUU